UGGUCCUGCUCCCUCAUUUCGCAUUGCUUCCUCUUUCCUGUCAAUUCAACAACAUUGGGAGACAUGUCUGAAGUCCUUCAUGCAAGCACCAGCACUUUAGGACGGUGUAUGUGCAUCAUCACUGGAGCCUCCAAGGGAUUCGGACGGGCACUGGCGCACCUUGUGUCACAGCAUCUCAAGCUCGGUUCCGUCCUGCUGCUGGUGGCUCGCUCCAAGUCGUUGCUCCAGGAGCUGAAGGAAGAAAUGCACAGCCUGAAAGAAGGCCAGGACCUAACAGUUCAUUGUGUAUCAGUCGACCUGAGCACCAAAGAAGGUGUGAAGGACACGGUGGACAUGGCAAGACAGCAUAAAGAGAAUGAAAUAGAUCAUGUGCUUCUUGUCAACAACGCUGCCUCUUUGGGUGACAUCUCCCCGUUUGAGAGCUUCACUGACCUCGACCAGGUGAACUCCUACCUGGCCCUCAACGUUAGCUCCACGCUGGUGCUGACCGCAGGCGUCUUGCAGGCAUUUCCGCCCAUAUCGGGCCUGCGGUGGAGCGUGGUCAACUGCUCCUCGACGUUUGCACUGCAGGCGCUGCCUUCCUGGGUGCUGUACUGCAGUGCCAAAGCAGCCAGGGAGAUGAUGUUCAGGGUGCUGGCGGCUGAGAAUCCCAGUGUCAAAGUGCUCAGCUACUCACCAGGUCCAAUGGACACAGAGAUGCAGGAGACUAUUCGGAGGUUGACAGGCGUCCAGUAUCAUCUGAAUCCGUGCAGGGAAUCCGCAACAAAACUGAUGAAGGUUCUUUUGGACAAUGACUUUGCCUCGGGGGCACACCUCGACUUCUUUCAGUUGUGAUCUCAAUAUGAUGUUUAAAUACAUUCUGGUGGGGGGCAAUAUGAUUUGUUUUCACGGGGCCCAGAAUCCCUGAUGGUACCCUUAAUGGCAACUCGCUAUGGCUCUAUGUGAUCAGUUAUCCAUUAGUAAAAUCGAGUACUGUACUUCUCGGCACUAUUUCUAGCAACUGCUCAGGUACAUCUUCUGAGGUAAACAUAUUCCCAA